AUGAACGGAUCACAAUGGGUGGAAUGGACGCCUGCCAACGAGGCAUGGUACCGUGAACGCGUAGAAGACAUCCGCACUCGGCAGGCCCAGCCAUUAACAAGAGUGCAAUGGAAAUCAAUAUUGCGCGGCACUCCUCCCAGUAGGAAGCUUCUGGCGGCAGCGUCUCAACGAGCUCAGGCCUUUGUCAACGGGCACGUACCGGUGGUGCCAACUUAUCGUGUUCGCCCAGGCCUUACAGCAAGGCCGAGGUGUAUCAAAGACAAAACAGCGAAAUGGCAGCGACAGGAGGCGAGUAGAGGCAGCGCGGCGGCAGCGACAGGCGGCGACGGCGGGACGACAGGCGGCGACGGCGGAAUGACAGGCGGGGAGGGGAGGCGGCAGUGGCAGCGGCGGCCCGGUGUGGCGGCGCAACAACACGCAGCAGAGUGCGUGUCGUGGUGGGCGGCGAGUGGACGCGACGGCGGGACGACGCGCGGUGACGUUGUGACGACAGGCGGCGACGGCGGGACGAUAGGCGGCGACGGCGGGACGACAGGCGGCGACGGCGGGACGACAGGCGGCGACGGCGGGACGACAGGCGUUGACAGCGGAAUGACAGGCGGCGAGGCAGGCGGCAGCGGCAGCGGCGGCCCGGUGUGGCGGCGCAACAACACGCAGCAGAGUGCGUGUCGUGGUGGGCGGCGACUAGACGCGACGGCGGGACGACGCGCGGUGACGUCGUGA